AUGAAGACAUGCUACUACGAGCUCCUCGAGGUCCGCCGCGACGCUACCGCGGACGAGAUUCGGAAAGGGUACAGGCGGCAGGCGCUAUUGCUCCAUCCGGAUAAGAACAUGGAUAACGUCGAGGAAGCUACGCAGAAGUUUGCGCUCGUGCAGGCGGCUUAUGAGAUUCUUUCUGAUCCCGACGAGAGGGAAUGGUAUGACUCCCACCGCGAACAGAUCCUCCGCGACGAAGCACCGGCGACCUCCACCUCCGCCGGCGCCUCCUCUUUCCAAUCCGGCACGACGAUAGCCGACCUUCUCCGCUUCUUCGACCCGAGUCUCUUCGCAAUCAUGGACGACUCCGACAUCGGUUUCUUCUCGAUCGCGCGCCGCGUGUUUUCCCAGCUCGCGCAGGAAGAAGUCGAGUUUGCCGAGUCCGAGCAGCAGGACAACGAACCAAACGAGCUUCGGCUGCCGGAGUUUGGGAAUUCAAAGUCGGCGUGGAAUGAGGAGGUCAAGUAUUUUUACUCGGCCUGGAGCGCGUUCUCGACAAGGAAAUCGUUCGCGUGGUGUGAUGCUUACAAUCUUGCGGCCGCGCCUGAACGAAGAGUCAGGAGAGCGAUGGAGAAGGAGAAUAAGAAGUUGCGGGAUGCCGGCAAGCGCGAGUAUAACGAUACAGUCAGAGCCUUUGUCGCAUUCAUAAGGAAACGAGAUCCGCGGGGUAAAAGUCCCGCGGCCGAGAACGAACAACGACAGCAAGACAUGGCGGCGCGGGUGAAAGAGCAAGCCGCGCGAGCACGUGCAGCGCAUCGCGAGCGGUUUAAAGAUUACGAGGAACAGGAAUGGGCUAUGCCGUCGGCGAAGGACGAGCAGCUUUGGGAGGAGGAGUAUGGGUAUGACCCGGACACGCCCGGCACGCCCGACCCCGCCGGCGACAACUACGACGACGACGACGACGACGACAUUAUAAUCUUUGAAUGCGUGAUCUGCAACAAGACGUUCAAGUCCGAAAAGCAAAUGGAAUCACACGAGAAAAGCAAGAAGCAUUUGAAAAUGGUCAAGGACGUCGUGCGGAGGAUGAAGAAGGAGAAUAAAGCUAUGGGGCUCGAUCAGCCUGCCGGUGAAAGUAGUCGACAGGCUGAGGAGGAGGAUGAGGACGCGUAUUCGGAUGAGUACAUUGACGCGGUCGAGCACGGGGUUUCACACAUGACGGUUUAA